UGCACGCCAAAAGGAUUUUCACAGCGUAGUACGUGCGUCAACGGUAACGAACUCUGCAUCAUGGCUUCAUUGAAACCUAGAAGGAGGAUGCCAAGUAGAUGCUGCUCUUGUUGGUUGAAGAUUUGGCGCGUCGUUCAGCAAGACAUUCUACUUUUCCUCAUAAUAAUCGGCGUGUUAGUCGGGUUUAUUGUUGGGGCCGCCGCGAAUCCUUCCGUCAAUGACAUCGUGGAUCCCGAGAAGAAGGCGACGACCAUAAUGUUGAUUGGUUUCCCUGGCGAACUCUUCAUGAAUAUGUUGAAGUUAUUGAUUCUGCCUCUGAUCGUGGCAAGUUUGAUUUGCGCGCUUGCCACGUUGGAUUCCAAGGCCACGGGAAAGAUCGGAAGACGCACAGUUUUGUACUACCUUUCCACUACUCUUCUGGCUGUUAUCCUUGGCAUCGUUCUUGUAGUAAGCAUUCGACCGGGUGAAUCAGGGAACAAGCAGGCUAAGGAACAGAAAGAAAUCAGUGGCCCGCAUCGAAACUUGGAUUCAUUCCUCGAUUUGAUAAGGAGCUGCUUCCCCAAGAACAUAGUUGAGGCUACCUUCCGUCAGAAAAAUACAAAGUACAAGUCGAUUUCGGCAAAAAUCGAGUCCUACAACAAGACGGUCGAUGUGAGUACACUCGACCCAAGUGAUAACAUAACAGUGUACAACAACGGAACCCACAACUACACCACAAUCACCAAAGUGAUCUACCCAGCAUCAGACACCAUCCCGAAUGGUCAGCGGAUUGCUAACGAGGGAGGAAUGAAUGUUCUUGGUCUGGUGAUGUUUUCAAUUGUGUUUGGCAUCGUUCUGGGAAGAAUGGGUGAGAAAGGAUUGCCCUUGAAAGCGUUCUUUGAGACUUUAAACGAAGUUGUGAUGAAGAUGGUGGCUCUGGUGAUGUGGUACUCGCCAAUAGGGAUUUGCAGCAUGAUCGCAGCUAAAUUGGCGGCCAUGACUGACAUAUUAGACGAGCUGAAGCUCUUAGGAAUGUUUAUGGUGACAGUCAUCGUUGGAUUGAUGAUCCACGCCCUGGUUGUGCUUCCAAUUAUUUUCUUCGCCAUAACCCGUAAAAACCCAUACAGGUUCAUGAAGGGCCUGCGCGAGGCAAUGGUGACAGCUUUCGGUACAGACUCGAGCUCUGCUACUUUACCAAUUACCAUACGCUGCGUUGAAGAAAAGAACGCUGUUGAUCGACGUAUAAGUCGCUUCGUUUUACCCCUUGGUGCAACCGUCAACAUGGACGGAACAGCAUUGUACGAAGGUGUCAGUGCCAUUUGGAUAGCGCAGCUGAACCGCAUUCCACUCGCGCCAGGACAGAUUGUCACAACUGUUAUGACAGCUACUGCAGCAGCUAUCGGGGCGGCUGGAAUUCCAUCAGCUGGUCUGGUUACCAUGAUAAUUGUUCUUCAAGCUGUCAAUCUACCAACAGAAGACAUUGGACUUAUUCUUGCUAUCGAUUGGUUCUUGGAUCGUUUCCGCACAUGUGUCAACGUCAUGGGAGAUGCACUGGGCUCUGGAAUCGUGGAUCACUUGUCUCGUGACGACAUCAUGUUUUCAGAUCAGCUGGACGCAAACGAGGAUACACCGCUGAAACAUAACGGCGGCGCGCUGGACGGAGACGUUGACGAAGAGGACGAAGAGGAUGACGACCCCAUGAAAAUGACGAGUGUUUAAAACCAAAAUGGUUACAGCACCUUAAAGUUUCAUUACAUCAAAUAUUACAAGUAGUUUAGUUUGGUUUUGUUUGGCAUAAGGAAAACUCACAAUGUAGCAGUAACCGUGGCUUCAGCGAGCAGUUGUCGUAAUCCCACUCUACAUUUCAAGUUGCAGAGUCAGCUCAGAUAAUCGAAUUACUCCCCGUAACUCUGUUUAUCCAGAAACCAGUUGCCCCGCUCAGGGCGAAGGGUGUACAGUCCCCAUACCGCCCUAAAGAUCGCAGUUCCUAAUUAUGUCCCCAGGAACCCUCUCAUUUCACACGUAUGAAGCCCUUUUGUAAAUACAACUAUUGCACGCUCUUAGACUUUAUACUGGCAAUCAGUACCAGAGGCAGCAAUUAUUAAAAUGCAGUCAGUGAAUCUAUACACUGAAGUAAAUGUAGCUUAUGCCAGAUGGUUCGAAGUGACCACAUCAAAGUGCAGGUUGAUAAGUAUUAAGAAAAAUUGGAUGCUCAAAGCUAAUAUAAAUGAGAGCACAUAUCUUUCAAAAGAUAGCAUCUUGAUGCAACAAUGAGCCUGCUUGACCGGUGGAUUUGUCAACGCUUUGAGUCAUAGGCGGAGCUAGUUUCUGGCCCCUUAUUUGGCCUCAAACCUAUUCCCUUCAAAACUUUAAAGUGCAGUCGAAACCAACUGGAAUUUCCACCACUUAUUUCCUUGUUUUCUCUGAAAUGUAUGUUUAU